CCUUUCCUUAUUGUACGUAAACAAGUUUAUUUCUAAUUUAGUCAUUUUGUUAAUUAAUUAUAUGUUAUAAAGUAGCCGAUUAAAUACCUUUGCAUAAAAUUACAGAAUUUUUGCAGUGAAUAACGUAUGCGUUGCACACAAUCACUGGCGUCAAUGGAUGGCAGAAUUGUGAAAUAGUCGUCGACUAGGCGUAGGCAACUAGCCAACUAUAAAAUACAGAGACCUAGCUAACUUUCGACAGAAUUAAGGAAAGUUAAAAACAAAAAUAUUUUGAUAUAGCAGAUAUUAAAAUUAACAACAAUGGCUCAACCAUAUCCCCAUAUGAAUCAGGUACCUGGUGGAACAGCUGAAUGUGUAACUAAAGUUGAUAUCAGAAUUGAAUGUAAAAAUUUACUAAAUAAAGAUGUAACGUCUAAAUCAGACCCCUGUGCUGUUCUUUACAUGGCAAGAUCUGGUGGAAAUUUAUCGGAGAUUGGAAGAACAGAAAAUAUAAAGAAUUGUUUAGAUCCAAAAUUUUCUAAAAGCUUUACUGCCAAUUAUUAUUUUGAAGAAGUUCAGAAGAUUACAAUUGCUGUUUAUGAUUUAGAUAAUACAACCCCUAAUUUAAGUGACGAUGACUUUCUAGGCCAACUUGAAUGUACCCUGGGUCAGCUUGUUUCCAACACACCUUAUGUUAAACCUUUGUUACUAAAAAAUGGACAAAAAGCAGGAAUGGGUACUAUCACUGUAAGAACUGAAGAAAUAAAAGAAGGUGGAGAAAUUCUCCAAGCAACAUUCAGAGCCACAAAGUUAGAUAACAAAGAUUUUAUGGGUAAAUCUGAUCCGUAUUUAGAGAUAUUAAAAGAAACAAUGGAUGGUUCAUGGCAGGUUGUACAUAGAACAGAGGUUGUUAAAAAUGAGCUUAACCCAAGUUGGAGGCCAUUUUCUAUUCCAUUACAAAUUUUAUGUGGAGGUGACAGGAAAAAGAGAAUUAGGAUGGACGUAUAUGAUUGGGAUAGCGAUGGUUCACAUGAUUUAAUUGGAGGAUUUAUAACAAAUAUAGAAGAAAUGACAGCUCAAGGAAAAGAACCGUCCUGGCCUUGCAUAAAUGAAAAGAAAAAAGCAAAAAAGAAAAAGUACACUGAUUCAGGAGUGGUAAUUUUGACAUCUUGUAAGAUAACUAAAGAUUAUUCGUUCUUAGAUUAUAUUUUUGGUGGUAUGCAGAUUAAUUUUACUGUUGGGAUAGAUUUUACAGCAUCAAAUGGUAACCCACGGGAACCAUCAUCUUUACAUUAUAUAAAUCCAAAUCAACCUAAUGAAUAUAUGCAAGCUAUCAGAGCUGUCGGUUAUGUUUGUCAAGAUUAUGAUAGUGAUAAAUUAUUUCCUGCUCUUGGAUUUGGUGCCAAAGUUCCACCUCGGUAUCAAGUUUCUCAUGAAUUUGCUAUCAAUUUUAAUAUGCAGAAUCCAUAUUGUGCUGGAAUUGAGGGUGUGGUACAAGCGUAUAUGAAUUGUAUAACACAAGUACAGUUAUAUGGACCAACUAAUGCAUCACCUAUUAUAAAUCAUGUUGCUAGAUUUGCUGCUACAGCCCAACAAGAAGAAACAACUAAAGGAGCUCAUGCCUACUAUGUUUUAUUAUUAUUAACUGAUGGUGUUUUAACUGAUAUGGCUAAUACUCUCUACAGUAUAGUUCAAGCAUCUAAACUACCAAUGUCUUUAAUAAUAGUAGGAGUAGGUAAUGCUGAUUUUCAUGACAUGGAUACAUUAGAUGGUGAUAAUGGAGUAUUAAGAGCACCCAAUGGUCAGUCUGCUGUAAGAGACAUUGUUCAGUUUGUACCAUUUAGAGAUUUUAAACGGGCAAAUCCUGCUGAAUUAGCUCGUCAUGUUUUAGCUGAAGUACCAAAACAAGUAACAGGUUAUUAUAAGAUGAGAGGUAUGAUACCUAAUGUAAUGAAACCCAAUCCUCCACCACCAUCAGCUUCUUCAUAAUAAACAUCUCCAUUGAAGGAUAUUACUGCAUCUCAAUAAUCCAGCUAUCUCAAUUUUCCAACAAAUAUCUGGAACAACUUAUAUAUACUUAAAGUUGAAUUCUUACUGAUGGUGCAAGACUUUCAACAGUUGGCAAAAAGGGUACAUAUAUACAAGUUUGAAAUGUCACACCACAGAAAUCAGUCAAAGAUGGACUUUCAAGUAGAUUUCAAGUGAGUUUUAUCUAACUAACUAGACAUUAUGAGAAUGGUUUGAUGAGACUAGAUAAUACCAACAAGUGUUUUACAAUUAUUGUUGUAAUUUAUAAAUUAAAUCCACGUUCUCUGCCUUAUUCCUUCCCUCUUCUUGUUGGUAAUGAAUGUUUACUUUUCAUAUGAUCUUCAUUGUUAUUUGCUUCACUAAUAUAGGGCUCUUAUUAUAGUAUUCUUUGAAAUAACUUACUUUGUUUUACUAAUAUUAACUUUUUCUACACUAACAUAUAUUUUCCCUUGUAUAAAAAGCUAAAUAAUGAUAUCAUUUUGUAUUCUAAAUAUUACCUGUAGCUUUAUUAAAACAUUUUAAAAUUACACCCAGUAUUAUAAAUAGUUUAGGGAAAAUAAAAAGAUAACAGGACUUGCUUUCAUAAAUAUUUAACAUCAUUGUUAGUUUUUCUUUAUGUAUAGAAUGUACAUGUUAUACUGCUAAAUCACACAUGCCUGGUGAGUUGAAAAAAAAAUAAUUAGUAAUUUUUGCUUUUAAAUCAUGUAUAUGUUUUGUCUAAUAAAAUGUACAUUUGUAUAUUAUUUUAUAGUGUGGACCACCAUGCAUAAUAUUUUAGUCAAUUAAAUUAAUUAUUAAUAUCAUUCUUGAUACCUCAACUUGCAACAAUUGUGUUAAUAGUUAGUACCUACUGGUCUGUUAAUAUAGGAAGUAGAUUUUCAAGGCAUUAUAUAGUAGUCAGUGUAUAUGCCAUGGUAUGUUUUAUAUAGUUUAUACAGAAUAGACCCAGCUCUAUUAAAUAUUUCAGUAGUUAAGUAGACAAAAAGUUAUAUUUAUGGUUUUUUUUAACUAAUCUGGUUAAAACACAAAUCCUAUUUCGUUUUUUUAUAGUUCAAAAUUUCGUUUUACUUGUCUUUACUACACUAGGAUCUGGAAGAGUUUUUAUAGAACUCGCGUUCUGGAUGAUGUGAGGGAUUAGCCAAUGCAACGGCUAGUUUUUGCUGUGAGAUGCACCGAACUGUAGGUAACCUACUAGAAACGUCAAUGUUGAUUGGUUAAUCAAAUGUCUGAUGUCUUAGGGUCAAAAGCCGCUCAUAUGACCCCUGACGUGACCUUCCACUACAACCUUUCAGAUCUUCAUGUAGUAGAGUCCAUCGAAAGUAUAAAAAGUGGAACGAAAUAUAGAUCUGUAUUUUAAUCAGGUGGUUGACAUCUUGAAACACCCAAGUUAGAAAUAUUUUAAAACAUUGUUUACUUGUUAAUUUUUUAAAUUUAUUCGUUUUUUUUAUACCAAAAUACUUUCAGAAAUUUAUACAGAAUUUUAAUAUUUGUAAACAAAAUUCAAAUUACUUUUUAUACGCCCACAUUGAAAUGUGGUCGUAUAUUGUCGUGGCCCUCGUCCGUCCGGCGUCCACAAUUGCUUGUGGACGCUCUAGAGGCUAAAGUUAAUAUCCGAUUGACUUUAAAUUUAUAUACAAUGUUUUAGGCAAUGAGACGAAGAAGCCUAUUGAUUUUCAGCGAUUUCCGAUAAUUACUGCCAGAGUUAUGGCCCUUGAUCACUUCAAAAAAUCUUGUGGACGCUCUAGAGGCCAAAGUUAAUAUCCGAUUGACUUUAAAUUUAUACACAGUGUUUAAGGUCAUGAGACAAAGAAGCCUAUUGAUUUUCAGCGAUUUCCGAUAAUUACUGCCAGAGUUAUGGCCCUUGACCACUUCGAAAAAUCUUGAGACGAACAAGUAUAUUGAUUUUCAAUGAAUUUUUAUGACUUGGAACAGCUAAAUUCAUGAUACAGUAUUAAAAGUUUUGUAUACAAAACGUUAGCAUGGGGCAGAACUUUAUAAAAACCAAACAAAUUCUAAUGGUUUUCUGAGAUGUUGCUCUUAAUCAGAUUUUAGUGUAUUAUAAAUGUUUCAUUACCGAAAAAAGUAAAAAUAUGCGACAACUCUUGUUGACUGCCCGGACGAUUUAGCUGCUGUGGGCGUAUGUUUUGUUGCCUGGCAACCUAUCUUUUUUUUUUAUUAAAGUGUAGUAAUUACACAUUAAUUCGUGUAAACAUAUUGAAGAUUUAUGUACUAAGAUGUUUUAAUAGAUUUGGUUACUAUUUUUCUGUCUUGACUUAAAUGGGUUUUUUAAAAAUAUUUUAUGAUAUUUUUAAUUUCUUUAUAUAAUUUUUAGAACUCUACGUUAUAUGAAUAAACUUAUAAAUAAUACUG